AGGGAGGGAAGAUGGCGGCGCCCGCCUCGCCCUUGGGGGCUGCGCGCUGCCUGCUGCGGGCUGCGGCCCGCCUGCCGCCCCUCCGGGCCGCCGCGCCGCGGGCAGCAUACACAGCUCAAGCAGAUGAGAAGACAGGCCCUGGUACCCUUACAGAUGCUAAUGCCAGGGCCUUGUUGGUUUGCAGUGGACCUUUAGAACAUUACAACUUUCUGAUUAAGCAAGAAGAGCUAAGAAAUGAUGAGCAACAAAGAAGAGUUGUGCAGCACCUGCAGAAGUUGCAUGAGAGCCUUAAAGGCUACAGCAUCAGUUCAAAAAAUCUUCUCUCAAAGCUUUUUGCCAGAAACAAACCCCCUAAAGGUCUUUAUGUCUAUGGAGAUGUUGGCACUGGGAAGACAAUGGUGAUGGACAUGUUCUAUUCCCACUUACAAGUAGAAAAGAAAAAGAGAGUCCAUUUUCAUGGCUUCAUGCUAGAUGUACAUCAGAGGAUACAUCGCCUUAAGCAGAGCUUGCCAAAAAGGAAGGCAGGACUUAUGGCCAAAUCAUAUGACCCAAUUGCUCCAGUAGCAGAGGAAAUAAGUGAAGAGGCUGCUCUCUUAUGUUUUGAUGAGUUUCAGGUCACUGACAUUGCUGAUGCCAUGAUCCUGAAUCUCUUCCAAAAUGGGGUUGUCGUUGUGGCAACAUCUAACAGGCCUCCAGAAGAUCUCUAUAAAAAUGGUCUUCAGAGAGCUAAUUUUGUGCCAUUCAUUGCUGUGCUGAAGAAAUACUGCAGCACAAUCCAACUUGAUUCUGGAAUAGACUACAGGAAACAAGUGCUUCCUGCUGCUGGAAAACUUUACUACCUCACAAGUGAAGCUGAUGUGGAGGCUGUCAUGGAUAAGUUGUUUGAUGAGCUGGCUCAGAAACAAAAUGAUUUAACUAGACCAAGGAUUCUAAAAGUGCAAGGCAGAGAGCUGAGGCUGAAUAAAGCAUGUGGAACCAUUGCAGACUUCACCUUUGAGGAGCUGUGUGACAGACCUCUUGGGGCCAGUGACUAUUUGGAAAUCUCAAAGCAUUUUGACACAGUCUUUGUUCGUGAGAUACCACUUCUGACAAUGGCAAAGAGGACACAGGCUCGUCGGUUCAUCACCCUUAUUGACACCUUUUAUGAGCACAAGGUGCGCAUCGUUUGCUCUGCGGUGACUCCUCUCCAAGGCUUGUUCCUGGUGGAGCAGGACAGCCAGGAGCUGCAGGACAACAGAGUGUUGAUGGAUGAUUUGGACUUGAGCCAGGAUUCAGCCAAAGGACUCUCCAUGUUUACAGGAGAAGAGGAAAUCUUUGCCUUCCAGCGGACUCUCUCACGCCUCACAGAAAUGCAGACUGAACAGUACUGGAAAGAUGGGGACAGAAGCAAAAAAACCUAAUUCAAAGUCAUUAAGAGUUGAAUAAAAUCACCAAGAAUUGAAACUACAGAAUUGGAAAAGUUUUUAGCACAGCUGAAAUAAUAAUUGCACUUUAUUGUGUGGACCAUGUUUUCUUUUAUUGCUUGGUUUUUGUGCUCAGGACAUCAGGAGUGGGUUAUUUUCCUGUACCAGCAGUGGGUGAACACAGGGAAUUUUGGCUUCAUUUUCUUUUCUGUAAAAUACAACAUGGAUGUUCAGGAGGUUUUAACAGGAUUAGAACUUAUCUGGGGAAUUGGUCUAGAGACAAAGAUAAUGGUCCAUACAGGGCCCAGGAGUAGAUGGAUAAUGUCAGGUGAAGAGGGCACGUGGUGGUUCCUGCACUGCUUCUGUCACACACAGUUUGCACAAAAAAAAGCCCAGUGCUUUCCUAAUGGAACUCCUGAGAAUUGUGUAGGUCCUUGCUAGAAUCCUGGAACUCCUUUGUAGUGCAUUCUGGUUUUUUGGGGGUGUUUUUUAUUUUCCUUCUGUGUGCAGCCAUCUGCUGACUCGCAGGCUCUAUGACUGUCUUGUCAUCAGACUGUUGCUCAGGCUGGUUCAUUGAAAACUAAUGGUUUGAACUAAGAGAGAAGCCUGAGGAGGAGCUUGAAGGUACCUGGAACCACACAGGAGUAAGAUCUAAGUAAUCAUGGAUGGGAAAAAGAAACUACAAUGAGACAAGGUGCACUGGAACAUAUAAGUGCAGGUUAUUACACUGCCUAAAUUUAAUUCUCUGCCUAAAUUUGGCAGCUCUUGCAAGCCUGGCUGUGCUGCUUCUCCACCAGUGUCAUUUUUAUGGUGAACUUCCUCAGGCUUCAUCUCUACCAAGUCCUCCAUGGCUGCUAGGACACCUGCUGAGGCAAUCCAUCAUGAGGUUUUAGAAAAUAUGGAAUAUUAACUGAUAUCCCAAAACACAUCACCCAUCCUCAUGUUUCUAGUUGGGAAGUUUAUUUUGGCUGAAGAUGCAUAUGUGUCAUUCUUGGUUUUAAACUGCAACAAGAUAUGGUGUAUAUUGGCUUGUGAUGUAUUUAUAUAAAAAGUCAUUUUAAGAGCAUAUUUAGAAACCCUUAAUAGGGAAAAAUAUUAUGCAGAUGGACUUGAAAAGUCCCUUAUUUCUUAUGGAAGAGAUACAUAACACACUGUCCCCAGAUUGGAGGGAUUUUCUUGGAUUUUGCAGGAUGGCCUUUUUCUUGUACUGUAUCUGUUACAAAAAAAUACUCUUCCCUGACUUUGUUAAGCCUGAUGAAAUGCUUCAAUUUUAACCUCCACCAAAAAAAGAAAGCUUUUCGAAGAGCUUUUUUUGGGAGGACUGGAGAGGUCCUGUGCACUUGGAUGUCUUAGAGCAAUACAGAUGUUUUGGAGCCACGUGCUGAGGUUUGGGUUUCUGUUCUGAUCAUUUUUGUUUGCCCUGGAAGUUACACUGGCUCUACCUGUUCCCCAAAGCAUUUUUAAAGCCUGUAUUUAUUGUUUACAGCUCGUGCAACAAUGUCAUUAUUCCCAGAAGGGUGACUGCUGUGGAGAAUUUUAAUGCAUAUUUAUGAAAAACCCAAUCAGAAUCCAGUGCUUAGACUCAAGAAUACCCAGGUCACUGAUGUAUAUUUUCAGAGAUUUUUAUUGGGUUUCUCAACAGAGGGACUAUUGAGAUUCAUGCAUGUGUGUCCAUAUAUACAUGUUUACUUAAUUUAUAUAUAUAUAAAAAAAUAGAUAAAACUAAUAUAUAUAUAUAAUUUAA